AUGUUGGGCAACAGAAAGACAGCAGCAGCGUCGGCGGUGAAGAACGGAGCCGGGACGUCCGAGUCAAAGGCCAUCGACCCCCUGAGGAGUCUGGGAGUGCAGGAGAAUGAAGAUGUGAAGCGGAUGUUGCAGGGUUCCAGUAUGAUAAAGGUCCGCUCGCCUCGCUGGCAGAAGAGACGAACUCUAAAGCUGCUGGGAGACGGCGUCACUAUCUGGUGCCAGUCCCACAAAACCUCCAGCUGGGCCAAGGAGCAGCAGUCCUUCUCCGUCAUGGAGGUGGAGUGCGUUCGCGAGGGUUGCCAGUCCGAGAUGUUGCGACAGAUGUUGGGCCCAGUCCCUGAGCAGCGGUGUUUGACGGUGGUCUUCAAAGGGCCCCGCAAGAGCCUGGAUCUCCUGUGCCAGAGCCAGGAGGAGGCUGGGCAUUGGGUCCGCGGGAUCCGGACCCUGCAGGAGAGGGUGGAAAACAUGACUCAGAAGGAGAAACUUGACCACUGGAUUCAUGGUUACCUGAGUCGGGCCGACCAGAACCACGAUGAUAAGAUGAGCUACGAGGAGGUCCAGACGCUGCUGCAGAUGAUCAAUAUUGACCUGAGUGACCAGUAUGCCCGUAGCCUCUUCCAGAAAUGUGACCAGUCGGCCGACGGUCGUCUGGACCACGGAGAGAUCGAGGUGUUCUGCAGGGAGUUGUUACGGAGACCAGAGCUGGACGCAGUGUUCAUCCGCUACUCCGCCAACGACUGCGUGCUCUCCACUGUGGACCUGAGGGACUUCUUGAAGGACCAGGGGGAGGACGCUUCACUCAUCCACGCCCAAAGCCUCAUCCUCACCUACGAACUCAAUGAGUGGGCCCAGAAGAACCAAUUCAUGACCCCUAAUGGUUUCACCAUGUACAUGCUGUCUAAGGAGAACUGUGUGUUUAACCCGGAACAUGCCAGGGUUUACCAAGACAUGAAACACCCACUGGCCCACUACUUCAUCUCCUCCUCCCACAACACCUACCUCACUAAGGACCAGCUGACCGGGGACAGCAGCACGGAGCCAUACAUCAGAGCCUUGAAGCAUGGCUGCCGCUGUGUGGAGCUGGACUGUUGGGAUGGGGAUAAAGGAGAGCCGGUCCUCUAUCACGGACACACACUCACCUCCAAAGUGCCCUUUGUUGAAGUCAUUGAGACUAUCAACGACUACGCUUUUAAGGCAUCUCCCUACCCUCUGAUCCUUUCCCUGGAGAACCACUGCUCCGUGGAGCAGCAGACGGUGAUGGCCCGACACCUGCGAUCCAUCCUGGGAGACAAGCUGCUCACCAAGCCCCUCGACGGAUUGGACCCUCACAAGCUGCCUUCUCCAGAGGAUCUGAAGGGUAAGAUCCUUGUGAAGGGGAAGAAGGAACACCCAGUGGAGGAGCAUUCGUCCAGCUCUUCAGACCUCAGCUCCUCUGAAGAGGAGGCGAGCCGCGCCGAAGGCAAACCCGGGAAAAAGACAGAGGACAAGAAGCCAGGUGUGUCGAAGCUGAGUCCAGAGCUGUCAGAGCUGGUGGUGUACACCUGCAGCGUUCCCUUCAAAAACUUUGAGCAAGCAGCAAAAAGCCCAGCAACUGACAUGUCCUCUUUCUCUGAGAGUGAAGCACUCAGACACGUGAAGGAUUCAGGGAUGUAUUUUGUCCGUCACAACAGCCACCAGCUGAGCAGGAUUUACCCUUCGGGCCAGCGCCUCCAGUCCUCCAACUACAACCCUCAGGAGAUGUGGAACGGAGGCUGCCAAAUUGUUGCUUUGAAUUUUCAGACACAUGGUGAGCAGAUGGACCUCAACCAAGGCAGGUUCCUGCAGAACAGUCAGUGUGGGUACAUGUUGAAGCCCCCCUUCAUGUGCCAGCCUGACACCACCUUCAACCCAGAGAAUGUUGGUGGAGGUCCUGGACACAGACCUGUCCUGCUCACUGUUCAGGUCCUUUCAGCUCAGCAGUUGCCCAAACCAGAAUGGGACAAACCCAGCUCAAUUGUGGACCCUCAGGUGUGGGUGGAGAUACAUGGUGUACCCAUAGACAACAAUAAGAAGAAAACUCCCUAUGUGGACAACAAUGGCUUUAACCCACGAUGGGACUGUACCUUCAACUUUACCGUCCAUGUCCCUGACCUGGCACUGGUUCGCUUCAUGGUGGAGGACCAUGACUACACCUCAAGCAAUGACUUCCUAGGACAGUUCACCCUGCCUUUUACGAGUCUCCGCACAGGUUAUCGUCACGUCCGACUGCUCAAGCUGGAUGGCUCCAGCCUCUCGCCCUCCUCCCUCUUUAUUCAUCUCAAGGUCACCCAAUGUCAGAGCAGUCCAUCAAAAUCAUCAGCUAAGUCACCAGCCAAGUCUUCAGCCAAGAAACCCUGA